GGAAAAAGGCUGCUGCUGCUGAUACACACAUGAAGGCGGAAUAAAGCUGCGCUGAGACGGCAGGUUGUCGGAGAUAUUAUCACAGGGAGACAUUGGAACCUACUGACACCCACCGUGGGAUCUCCAGGUUUCCUCUGCUUCACCCACAUCAGGAGAAGUCAUGCAGGCCUUUCUGAAAGGAGCCACUGUUCAGGCAGCCCGACCUCAGAAGGACAAGGCAGCAGCCGGACCCAGCACGGAGAAGAAAGCCAGGGCGCUUCCAUGGGUGGAAAAAUACAGGCCCAAGUGUGUGGAUGAGGUGGCCUUUCAGGAGGAGGUGGUUGCAGUGCUGAAGAAGUCUCUGGAAGGAGCAGAUCUUCCCAACCUGCUCUUCUACGGGCCUCCUGGAACAGGAAAGACCUCCACCAUCCUGGCUGCUGCCAGAGAACUGUUUGGUCCAGAGCUGUACAGGCAGAGGGUGCUGGAGCUGAACGCCUCAGACGAACGAGGCAUCCAGGUCGUCAGAGAGAAGGUCAAGAACUUUGCUCAGCUCACUGUAGCUGGGAGUCGCACAGACGGGAAGCCGUGUCCUCCUUUUAAGAUCAUCAUCCUGGACGAAGCCGACUCCAUGACGGCACCGGCCCAGGCCGCCCUCAGACGGACCAUGGAGAAAGAAUCUCGCACCACCCGCUUCUGUCUCAUCUGCAACUACAUCAGCAGGAUUAUUGAGCCUCUGACCUCCAGAUGUUCCAAGUUUCGCUUCAAACCUCUGGCCAACCAGAUCCAGGAGGAGCGUCUGCUGGAGAUCUGUCAAAAGGAGAACCUCAAGUACACCAAGGAGAGUAUCGCAGCAUUGGUGCAGGUGUCUGAGGGCGACCUAAGGAAAGCCAUCACCUUCCUGCAGAGCGCUGCUCGCCUCAACGUCGACAAGGAGAUCACAGAGCGCGCCAUCAUUGAGAUAGCCGGGAUCGUCCCCGUCAAGAUGAUCGACAACUUGCUCCACAUCUGUUUCAGGGGAACAUUUGAGAAACUGGAGGUAGCAGUCAAGGACAUCGUGGAUGAAGGCUACUCAGCCACACAGGUCCUGAGUCAGCUUCACGACUCCAUCAUCGAGGGGGACCUGAGCGACAAGCAGAAGUCGGCCAUCACAGAGAAAAUGGCAGUUGUGAGUAAGUGUCUGUCAGACGGAGCCGACGAGUACCUGCAGAUGCUGAGCCUGUGUUCGGUCAUCAUGCAGCAGGCCUCGGAGAACUGAAGCUCUGCAGAUCUACAGCUCGUCCAUAAACCAUCUGCUUCCAUCAGGACCAGCGGCCGGAGACAUCAGCAGCUCGCUCUGAUCCACACUGACGGGAGCUGGUUCAGUGUUUGGACUUCCUGCCUGUGGAGACCAGAUGAUGAUGAUGUUUAUAGUCAUGUCCCUCCACUUCAGCAGCACUGCAACACCUCACUGACCGACAUGUUGAACACUUUUCUUAGUUUUGGAGAGUAAUAAAUAGUUUUUUGUAUCUUUUCAGUGUUUGUGUCCUUGAAGCUCAUUACUGGGACAUCCACAGCAAGAGAUGAAUAAUCGUACAUCUGGGCCGCUGCUACAGCUCACCUGGUGGAGCUGGUGACCCAUGUACAGGGGCUAUAGUCUCCAACGCAGCGGCCGUGGGUUUGAAUCCCGCUCAUGGCCCUUUGCUGCAACCCCGUCCUCCUCCCCACUGUCCUGUCUGUCUUUCAACUGUCCUGUGUAAUAAAGGCAGAAACAACAAA